AUGGAGAGUCAGGAUUUAUCGCCAACAGACAUGGACACAUCCCGACCGUCGCUAGGCUUCCCUCUCGGCACCGCCCUCCUCUUGAUCGUCAUCUUCACCAUAAGCGGCAUCUGCUCCUGCUGCUACCACUGGGAAAAGCUCCGAUCACUUCGCCGAUCGUUUCAGCCUCCUCUUCACGACUCAUCCUCCCCACAUAAAUCUCAACUCCCCUCCAUGGAUUUGAAGCAAAACAGAGGGCAAAGCUUGCCAGUACUGAUGCCAGGCGACGAAGUACCCAAGUUCAUAGCCAUGCCAUGUCCCUGUGAGCCUGCCAGGAUCUCUGUGACGGUGGAGAAACCCCCACUACUCACUGCGCCUCUGCCUUAGAAACCAGAUUCCCCAUUUUGUUUGUCUGUAAAUACAUAUAUAAGUAGUCAGUGUAUAAUUACUUUUACCAGUUUAAUUUGAUUGUUAUAUUGCGCAA